AUGGCAAUUGGGUUGCCGGGGCAAGCAGUGCUAGAGGCGGGAAUUUAUUUGAUCCCAUUGGCCAGAGGUAGGCUCCGUUCCCUCUACUGCUCAUCAAUUCGCUCUUACUCUCGUCCCUUGCAGCCUGCCUGGCUGGCCGAGGCGCCGCCCUACCCCACGCACGAAGAGCGAGUGUAUUGGACCAAUUGUCCGUGCGUCAAGCAAUGUUCUGGUAGCCGGUCCGUCUUCAGCCCAUUCCCCUCUCACUCGUCCUCCGCCUCAAGCCGGCUCUCAUUCUAUCGUGUUACUUUUUUCCUUUUAUAG